AGCCAAUACGAUACGAGGGCGAGAGUGCUUUGGUGAAAAUGCAGAGAGGGAGAGAGAGAGCAGGAGAUCCCAGAGAGGAGCUGCAGACGGAGGCUGCAAGCGUGAAGGCAGGAAAACGACGAGCUCCUGGUUCAGCCUCAACAACUUCACAAGCAGAGAGGCUUCUUUCCUUCCUCCUCCUGCUUCUCCUGCUUCUUUCUUUUUCCUCGUUUUCUCUUCAUAAAGUGGAAAUACACCAAGAGGGGGGGAACAGAUCUGUGCUGGACUUGCAGAGUGACUGACAUUUUCCACUGAGGACUUGUGCAAGCAGGAGGAGGAGAAAAAUUACAGGAAUAUUUAAGAUCUCUGGAGGGCUGAUCUUGUGUUUUUCUUGGUGGAAAAAGGGAAUAUAAAGUGUGUGAGGGAGGGGGAAAAAAGGGGAAAGUUGGUGACACAGGUGCAGGGAUGAGUCUUCACACAUAUAUUUAACAACGCACACACUGCCAAGGUGUGUAACUUAGAUUAAAAAUCCACCAGGAUUCUACUCAAACUUUGCCGCUUUUCAUAGAUUCCACAAGAGAUCACGGAGGGAAAAAAGGUCGACUUCAAAAACGACUUCAGAUCUUCACAUGGAGCUAAUAUUUCUAACAUGAGCGCAGACUUCAAGGACGAGAAACCUGCAGCUUCAAACGGAUUCUAUAAUCAGAAGACAAGGAGGGUUUUUUCCAAGGCAUGUGAGUUAAAAUCAGUGUCGAUUUGGGAUCUUUCAAGCUUCUUCUUCUUUGUGUUUCCAUGUGGCACGCAGCGAGGUUUAAUUUGAUUCAGAAUUUGAGAUCAAACAGCUGAAUGAUGCUAUUUUAGUUUCCCCACGUGGAGAUCAUGGAGGCAGUCAGCGAGCGGUCGUGCUGAAUGACAGAUCAUUACCCGAGUGAUAAAUGGUGCUGUGUUUACGGUAUUCGCCCGGGCAAAGGAAGCCAGUAAAAGAUGAGCAGACUUCCUCCGUCCUCGCACCGCUCUGACCCACUUUCCUGAAGCGAGCCGCCACCAUGAACCUUCGCGGAGGCAACGUGUCGGAGCUGAUCUCCAACACGGUCCGAGCCGUCACCUCCCUGGAGUCCAACCCCUGGCCGCCACGUGGCCCGGAGGAAGGCCGGGUCGGUAACGCCACCAACCCGGCGUGUCACGACUCGCACUCGGGGAACUGGUCGCACAACAACCACGCAGGGGCGUUCGGGUCGCCGUGUCCGUCCCUGGCGCCGCCGGCGGACAAGAACUGGGCGGCGCUGCUGAUCCUGCUGGUCAUCGCCGUCACCGUCAUGGGGAACAUCCUGGUGAUCCUGGCCGUGUCGCUGGAGAAGAAGCUGCAGAACGCCACCAACUACUUCCUGAUGUCGCUGGCGGUCGCCGACAUGCUCCUUGGCAUCCUGGUCAUGCCGGUUUCCAUGGUGACCAUCCUCUACGAUUAUGGGUGGCCUCUGCCCCUAGAUCUGUGUCCCAUCUGGAUCUACUUGGAUGUCCUGUUCUCCACGGCGUCCAUCAUGCACCUCUGCGCCAUCUCUCUGGAUCGGUACAUCGCCAUACGGAACCCGAUCCACCACAGUCGCUUCAACUCGCACACCAAGGCCCGCAUCAAGAUCAUGGCAGUGUGGACCAUCUCAGUGGGGAUCUCGAUGCCAAUUCCCGUUCUGGGACUCCGAGAUCACUCCAAGGUCUUCAAAGAUGGCAGCUGCCUGCUGACGGACAACAACUUUGUGCUGGUCGGCUCCUUCGUGGCCUUCUUCGUCCCCCUCACCAUCAUGGUGGUCACCUACUUCCUGACCAUCAACGCCCUGCAGAACGAAGCCACCCUCUGCUUGGACCAGCUGGUGCCGCGGCCCAAAUGGAGUACCACGUUCACGCUGAGCUUCCUGCCGCAGACGUCACUGUCCUCCGAGAAGCUCUACAGACGCUCGAUAAGCCGCGAGGCCGGAGGCCGGGGGAGCAGCGGCGGACUGGGCGGCGCCCGAGGCAGCGUCUCCGGGUCGCUGUUCGGGCGCCGCAACAUGCAGUCAAUCAGCAACGAGCAGAAGGCGUCCAAGGUGCUCGGGGUGGUGUUUUUCCUCUUCGUGGUCAUGUGGUGCCCGUUCUUCAUCACCAACGUGCUGGUGGUGGUGUGCGACCCGGCGAUGUGCGACGCCGGAGUAAUGGGAGGCCUGCUGAACGUUUUCGUCUGGGUCGGGUACCUGUCCUCCGCCGUCAACCCGCUGGUCUACACGCUGUUCAACAAAACGUACCGAGCCGCCUUCCUACGCUACGUUCGCUGCCAGUACCAGCCGGAGAAGAAGCCCCUGCAGCUCAUACUGGUGAACACCAUCCCCCCGCUGGCCUACAACUCCACCCAGCUGCCCCUCGGAGACGUCGGGAAGCUACGAAACGGAGUGGCACACUCUGGCGGCGAGGAAAAGGAUUUCUCUUUACCCGGGCAGGAAACAGAGAAGUGUGGGCCGGACAAAAGCCCCAGAGACAAAGACGAGAGCUGCGUGUGAAGAUCCAGCAUUUCAUCUCCGAAGGGUUUGAGAUUCAGAGUCAAAGUGCCAAAGACAAAGUGCCUCCCAGUCAGGAGUGUGGAAACGCUGAGGUCAGAAGAGCAAAACAAGCCUCUGCAUUCUCAGCAUUUCCAACUCGAG